UUAAACCGGUUCAGAGUUGAAACGCGCAUUCUAUCCAGCAAAGCAAAACCGCAGAAGCACCGCCCAUCUCUCAAAACCAACACAAGGGAAGGAAACCAAUCAGGAAGAAACUCCAGCGGCAGAACCCCAAAGAAACUACCGCCGGCGACGACUUUCCUCCCAUCUCCGAUCAUAAAAACGAAAAACAUGACCGAAGAAGGGAAGACCAAAGGCAUCGCUUUCCCGGGCGACCAUCAACCCUCGGCUCCGCCUCAGCCCCACCCGGGUUAUUAUUACGGUACGUUUCAAGGGGUUGCGAAUCACCAACCACCAUAUCCUCCACCGCCGCCGACUUACCAACCUUCCGUAGGCUUUCCUCAACCCAGUCCUCCGGCCAACAUUCACAACCACAUCCAUCAUCCGUACUAUCCACAUGGCUAUCAAACUGUUCCAGGCAUUGUGGUUGCUUCCGGGACACCUGUGAUAAUAGAGCAAGCUGCUCUUCCUUGCUGUGGUUUUGGGAUUGGUUGGGUCCUUUUUAUUGUUGGUUUCGUGUUUGGGGCUAUUCCAUGGUACAUUGGAGCUUUCAUUCUACUCUGUGUAAGGACGGAUCGCAGAGAAAAAGCAGGACUUGUUGCGUGCACAAUAGCAGCAGUUUUGGCUGUGCUUGCUCUGGGUCUUGGUGUGAAGAGGGUGGCAUACUGAGUUAUCUUCUAGAUUUGCAUUAUAUUGUGUUGUAUAGUCAUCAAGAAAUUGUGAAAAAAAACAUGGGUUGCUUAUUGUAAAGCUACAAUAUGGUCUUUAUUGUUAUUAAUUUAUGUAAACAUGUUUUUUUUU